GAAGGAAGUGUGUAAACACGGGCAGCAACCGGACAUUUGGAAAUGUCCGAGAGUAAUUUCUAAACAAUGGUUUCUUUCAAGACAGUUUGGCUGUUUGGUAUUCUGUCUUUGUCAUUCUUUUGCUUUGCUUCCUGGAAAAGUUCCAAUGUAGGGGUGAAAGGGCUGGUGCUGCUGGUGGGCAGAGCCCUCUUAGUCCUGGGUCUUGUCAGCUGGCUGGUCUCCGUUGUGGUACCGAGGAUCAGCUCGCUGGCACUGCGUCCUCCAAGGAGUUUUCCUGAAGCUCCGGAAGAUGAAGUUGAGCAGAAACGAAAGCUGGCGAGAAGAGAGCAGCAGGAUGAAUACAGCCAGAAGGCAUCGACGUACCAGGAAAACAUACUGAAACCUCGGCAAGAGGCUAAAUUCAGGAAAAAGGAAGAGCAUUUCUACAGGAUGACAGGGGAGGCCUGGAAACUGUCGGAGGGAUAUGCACUUGGGCUGGACCAAGACUCUGAGGAAGGGGCAGUCCUUGGUGAGGAAGACUUCACUUCUGAAUCCCCCAACCAGGAGGCUCUGAGGAGAAGGAAGCUGCCAGAGAGCGCCACACGACCCCCACCGCCUCUAGAACCACCCAGGCAGAAGAGGAUCAUUGUAUUACCUGAGGAGCCAUCAAAUGGUGUUGAUGGGGUGGUUACAAUUGCCCUCAGAUGUCCAAGUGGAAGGAUUUUGAAAAGAAGGUUUCUUAAGUCCCACAGUACCCAAGUACUGCUGGACUGGAUGUUGAAGAUAGGAUAUCACCCUGCCAUUUACACUGUCUGUACAACAUAUCCUAGAAGACCUCUUGAGAUUGGAAAGGAGACAAGUCUAGAAGAUACUGGAAUUACAAGCGAUACUGUAUUGAACGUGGAUGAAAAAGACCCCUGUACUUAAAUACCAAAUCCCGAACCUGGAGAUGUUACAUAUUUCUGAAGCAAUAAACAAAUUCACUGCAACUCUUUGCUGGUGAAGUAUUUUAAAUAUAAA